UCCUGUCUGUCUUCCAGUCGCAUCUACAAAUUAUUCUCCUUUCUGGUUUUGAGUGACAGUAAAGAUUAUUUUUUGGCCCGAAGCAACGUCACGUCGGGCGGGAGACGAGCGACUUUCUGUGUAAGAAAAGUUUUGAUGCUGUCUCGAAGGCUGGAAAAACUUUUCAACGCACAUUCAUAACUCCCUGAGAUUCAUCCUCAGAGAUAUCCGAAAAUGUUGCGCUUGACGCCUACCUGCACUAGCAGCUGCAUGAAGGAAAAUACUUGGUUAGAAUGAUGGAUUGUGACAAAAACAAAGAAACGUAGUAGGCUACACGUUUAAUUUAGCUUAUAAAAGGGUACUUUAAAUUUCGUUAUUGAGUUUUUUGGCUCUUCAGGUUGACAAUCCUGAAGUUCUUGCCCGAGGUCUGGCUUCUUUCCAUCCGCCCUAAGGCUCUCGUAUCCCGGCUGCAAGAUUGAAAUCACUGCGCUUUUGGAAUUUGGGAGUUUCGACUCCGGGCGCGCGUUUGUCACCUUUAGUACAGCUCCUUUCUGUGUCCUUUUGGUCUCAUACAUGGUUGUAAUUGUAUUGUCUGGAAGAUGUUAAUUAAUUUCCCCGCUAGUCCCCGCUUCGUGGAGAGACUGAGUGUCCGAACUCGCAGCUGCUCACUAAGGUGCUUUUGAGCCGCAGUUAAAAGGACUACCCAGCAUUUUGGGAGCGCCGAAUCCUCCAGAGCUACACCGCACAGCAGUGUACAGGACGCAGCUUUAAGACGCCGCAAGAGGUCUCAUCUGUUUGAAUUGCAACCCAUUAUAUAGAUUUUUUUUUGUCGGCAGUUAAUUGUUCAGGACAGGAUGCUGCCCCUCUCCAGGACCCAGCUUGCGCUGUUUUUCAUUCUUUUGUGUCCAGUUAACAUCAUCGGACUUUGGUGGGCAGUGGGCAGCCCUCUGGUAAUGGACCCCAACAGCAUCUGCAGGAAGACGAAACGCUUGGCAGGGAAACAGGCUGAACUGUGCCAGACCGAGCCAGAGAUAGUCAGUGAGGUGGUGAAGGGGGCAAAGCUGGGGGUUCGGGAGUGCCAGUUCCAGUUUAGAUUUAGAAGAUGGAACUGCACCAGUCACAACAAAUACUUUGGAAAAGUACUACAGCAAGAUAUCCGGGAGACUGCUUUUGUCUAUGCAAUUACUUCUGCUGGAGUGACACACACAGUGACGCAAGCAUGCAGUAUGGGGGAACUUUUACAGUGUGGCUGUGAGGCAACACGGAGUCGGGCUCCUCCUCUCCCUACAGCCGGACCUGGGGCUGAUGGUUCGAAAUGGGAGUGGGGAGGCUGUGGGGAUGAUGUGGAGUUUGGGUAUGAGAAAUCCAAGCAGUUCAUGGACGCAAAAAGGAAAAAGGGAAAGAGCGACAUCAGAACCUUGAUUGAUCUUCACAAUAACGAAGCCGGCCGACUGGCUGUGAAGAAUUAUAUGAGAACGGAAUGUAAAUGUCAUGGGCUGUCUGGUUCUUGCACACUCAGAACUUGCUGGAAAAAGAUGCCUCAUUUUCGAGAGGUGGGUAAUCGCCUCCUAGAAAGAUUUAAUGGAGCUUCCCAGGUCAUGGGAGGCAAUGAUGGUAAAACCCUCAUCCCUGUGGGGCAAAAUAUCAAACCACCAGACAAGCAAGAUCUCAUCUAUUCAGCAGAAUCUCCUGACUUUUGUUUGCCGAACAGAAAGACUGGCUCCCUGGGCACCAGGGGUCGGAUUUGUAACAGCACAGCCAUGGACAUCAGCGGAUGUGACUUGCUUUGCUGUGAUCGGGGCUACAGGGAUGAGACUGUGGUCUUUGAAGAGAACUGCUUGUGCAGAUUUCAUUGGUGCUGCGUAGUGCAGUGCAAAAAAUGCUCCAUCAGAAAGGAACUGAGCUUGUGCUUAUAAUACUCUGACCAGAAUUACGGUACUCGAAAGAACUUUCAGACUCUAUUAGGAAAGACUUUUUUAAACCACUCUUAAAAAACAAGAAAAUAAAAACAAAAUAUGGACCCUUUUAUAAAGUUAUGGGGCAGGGAAGCUGCUUCUGUGCUAUAUAUUAGGUAUACUGAAAAAUGUAUUUACCUUUCAAGGGAACAAAAUAACAAUACCCAGAUUGCGGGUGUAAAGCAAUAGGUUUUUUUAUAAGUUUCUUUCUUUAAUAUCGGCAAGCAUUAAAUGAGAAAAAAAAAGAUUAAAACAGCAUUUGCAAUGUUGUAAAUUAAUCUUCUGAAAGCUGUAAAAAAAGAUUUAAUGUAUAAACCACAUAUACUGAGAAUGUGUCUAAUGUUUCCCUUGUGUUUUAAAGCACUUUGUAUAAGGAAUGUUUUUUUUGUUUGUUUGUUUUUGUUUAAUCUUUGAAUCCAAGACAAAAAUCAAAAUGUAUUGGUGUAAUAAAUCAACAAAAGGAAAGCAUCAUACAUCAUAUGCCACCUUUUAUUUCCUUUCAGAAAAUGUUAUCAUAUAUACAUACUGUGCUGUAUAUGUGUAUAUUUAUGCUAGUACAUUAUGUAUGGGGAUUUUUAAUGCACUUUGAUAACAUAUUCAAAUAGGUUUCUUUGUGUUUUACUGCAUAAUAUUAUAAUUUCAGAAAAAAAUAUUGGUCCUUUAUUUGAACCUUCCCCUGAAAAUAAACUAAUAAUAAUAAUAAUAAUAAUAAUAAUAAUAAUAAUAAUAAUAAUAAUAAUAAUAAUAAUAAUAAUAAUAUGUAUUAUUAUUAUUAUUAUUAUUAUUAUUAUUAUUAUUAUUAUUAUUAUUAUUAUUAUUGUAUUUUUAAAGUUUCUGAUAAGAAAAGGGAGCUGUUUUUCAGCUACCAGCUAGUAAUAAACAUUUCAAGUAGAUUAUACAUCAACACUGUUCAUAUAGUAAUGGGUUCUGUAAGUAAAAGGUUUAUAUUAAAAUAGUAUAUGUUAUACUGGAGUAAUCUAGUAAACUGUGGAAUUGCCUGUAAGAAAGCAUAUGCUUUAUGAGGCAGAAAGGGGGGUGGGGGGGGGGGGGGAUAUUCUAAUUUCUAUUGUUUCUGUUUCUGAAUUAAACAGUCAGAUGACAUAUAACAACAAAAAUCAAUUAAAAAAUGGCAUUUGAUGUGACCAGGUAACAUGUAUGUGUAAACAGGGGAGUAUAAGUGACAGAAUGUGUUUAUUUUCUUGCUAUAAAUGCUUAAAAAAGCAUAAGAUGUACAAAAUAUAAAUUUCUGGCACAAUAAUGUUCUUUAAUAAAUAAAACUUUUAAACUGGCUAAUUACACUUUGUGCAAUUUUGAAAGGUGCAUAGGAAAGAAUCAGAAGGAACCACA